AUGCCUGCUACUACCACCAACUGGAAGACCAUUGCCGCUGAGCACCGCGAGAAGCAGCGUGAUGCUGUACCGACAGAAUGGCUUCUCUCAGAGAAACAACUCCAGGGACUGAAGAAUACUGGAGAUGGUGGUGGGAGCAAGCUUAUUGAGUCAAAGGCUGUUCAAAGGUCUGGACUUUUGACGGAGAAGGAGAUUGCUAUCACGGAGAGGCAUACUGCUGCUGAGUUGUUGAGCAAGAUACAUUCUCAAGAACUCUCUUCAGAGGAGGUUACUGUGGCGUUUUCCAAGCGUGCAAGUCUUGCUCAGCAAUUGACAUCGUGUUUGACUGAGAUUAUGUUCAAGGAGGGCAUUCAAAGAGCUAAGGAACUUGAUCACCAAUUAAAGACGACAGGAAAGUUGGCUGGUCCACUCCAUGGAUUGCCCAUUAGUCUCAAGGACUCAUAUCGCGUUAAAGGCCACCAUGCCACCGUCGGAUAUGUUGAGUUUCUUCGCCAACCAAUGCCUGACCACAAUUCUGCACUCGUUGACUUGUUGCUUGACGCUGGAGCUGUUUUGUACUGCAAGACAAACCUGCCCCAGACAAUGAUGACAGCAGAUUCGGAAAACAACAUCUUUGGAAGAACUCUCAACCCUCACAACACCAGCCUCACAGCAGGUGGUUCAACCGGCGGUGAGGGCGCUCUCGUCGCCUUUAGAGGAUCUCCCCUCGGUGUCGGCAGUGACAUUGCCGGCUCCAUCCGCAUUCCAUCCUUAUGCUGCGGUAUCUACGGAUUCAAGCCUACUUCGGAGCGCGUACCCUUUGGAGGCCAAUCAGAAUAUCCUUUCCCCAAGGAUCAUCUCCCUGGUAUUGCACCAGUCGGUGGCCCCAUGGCCAACUCCAUCGAAGAUCUUGAGCUAUUCAUGAAGAUCACUCUUGCUCAACGGCCUUGGAACUAUGAUCCCACUGUUGCGGAUAUUCCCUGGAGAGAUCUCGGUGAGGCAGAUACCAAACUUACUAUUGGUGUGAUGGCUGAAGACCCCGAUUAUCCUCUGCAUCCACCUGUUCGACGUGCUUUAGCAAAGGCUGCUUCUGCACUUGAGAACGCAGGCCAUAAGCUUGUUUACCUCUCUCAAGAUCCUAAGCGAAACGCUGGUCUUGGUGGAAGAAUCGGAUUCCAGUUAUUUAGUAUCAUGGGCCCUGAUCUCGAUACUGUUUCUCGGGAGAUCGGUGAACCACUUGUUAACUCUGUGGCUAUCGCUGUUCAUCCCUUUACCAACGGCAACUUCCCUGUUCCUCCGGAUCUGGACACACCUACGAAGUUGUCUCGGCUGAAUGAGGUGCGCUUUGAGUACCUUAAGGCUUGGCAGCAGACGUAUCGUGACAACAAGCUUGAUGUUAUCCUUGCUCCUGGAGCUUCUACUACGGCUAUUCCUCAUGAUACUUAUGGUGUUCCUAUUUAUACCCUAAUGUGGAAUGUCUUGGAUUUCCCUGCUGGUAUCAUUCCGUUUGGCAACUCUUCCAAGUUUGAAGAUUCCGAACACGUCAAGGCCAAAGCCCCAUUCGACCCUGAUUACAUUCCCGAGGCCACAGACGGUGCACCAACUGCAAUCCAAAUCAUUGCACCACGAUACAGAGACGAGGAAUGUCUCCGAGCAAUGCGCAUAGUUGAUAAGACAAUUAGGAACUCUCGGGCAGAGAAACUUUAG